UAGUACAUAUAAAUAUUACUAUAUUCAUGUUAUAAUGUUUUCGAUACGAUUUUGAUUCACAAUUAAAACUUUCAAACAAUUGUCAACUUAUAAACAGUAUAGAAUUUUUAAUCAAGAUUUAAUUUAAUACUCUACUGUUCAUUCUUUGUAAAAUGGAAGAUAACAUAGAAAACAUAUUGCCAAGUACUAGUAAUACUAUUCACACAACAUGUUCCCUUCGAACGAGAGGAAGACAACAAUUUAGUUUGUGUGUUAGUUCUGCUCCAGUAGAAGAAAUUGAAGCUUUUAACUUAGAAGAAUUAUUAUAUAAAACUUGGACUAUUUUUGGAGUUUCCACUUUAUUUAAUUUUCAUCAAGAUGAAGUACAUUUGAAACAAUAUGCAAAACGAUUAAGAGAAGAAGUUGCAAAUAAUUUAUCACAAGAAGAUGUUACAUAUGACGCAGAAUUUUGUAUUAUGAAAGACAUAACACAAAGACCUAGUCCAUUGGAUCCACCACCAAUAAAGAUUGACGUUUAUUCUGAAAAUAGUAAUAAUCAAACAAAUUCAAAGAAAUGUAUUUAUAAAGGAGUAUUUUUAUCAUGGAGAACUACCAAAAAUAAAUUAACCACUUUUAAUUCUGUGAGAUUACCUCUUUUAUUAUGUCGUGGUACACCAAGUGCUAUAAGAACUGUUCAUAAUGUGUUAAGUCGUAUGUUUGAUUGUAUGAUUAUUGCAUUACCUGCACAUGAGGAUGAUUUAAUAUGGCUUGUUCCAAUUAUAAUUACUCCAGCAGAUAAAGAGGAACAAACAAAACACACAGAUGAAAUUCGUAUGGAAUAUAAAAUACCAGAACUAGAAAAUACAGAUACAAUUACAAUAAAGUUUCUAGUUUUGGAUUUAAUAAAAAUAUUAACAGUAAUUGUAAAGGAUCAAAGUGAUGAAGCAAAUGUUGAAAUUGCCUUUAAUUUAGAACAUAUAGAAAAAUUUCGUGAGGUCUUAUACUCUCAAAUAUUAGAACUUGCUGGUUUACAAUUAGGAUUGUGUACAUUACAUAAAAUUAUUCUUCCGACAGUUACGAUAAUGGAAAACAGGAUGAAAGUAAUGAACGCAGAUACCAUGAAUCGCGUUUUGUUAUAUUUAAAUGAAAAAGCCCUUGAUACAUUUCACACAUUAAAUCUUGAGUAACAUAAUUUAACAAUAUUUGUAACAAUAAGCAGUCUUUAUAUAUUGUAUAUAUUUAUUUCGUAUUUGGUAUAAUUUUUUCAAAUAUCACAGAUUGUAUAAAACAUUAUUGUUUGAUUUCGAAUACUAUUAUCAAUUAAUUUGUAUAGCACAUAAAUUAUAUUUGUAAAAUAUAGUACUAUUAACAUUUUCAA